GACGGAAGCAGGCCAUCCUGAGUGAUCCGGGGUUCUGUCAUCUCCAGGCCUUCCAGCAGCAGGGGAAGAGACAGCCCCCUCGCGCAGCUCCGCCACAGAACCCACCGCCGAUCAACAUCAGAGAGUUUUACUCUGGAGUAUUGACGACGCUGACCUUCAUGACUAUGGUGGUGUUAAUGUGGCGUGUGUACAGUACCAGCACCAGUCAUGAGGUGCUGCUCAGUAAACCGCUCAGCAGGUGGAGCGCUGAUGAUGUCACUCUGUGGGUGGAGCAUCUGAGCGUCUGGACCAAUCAGUAUAAAGAAACCUUCCGCAGGGAACAGAUCAACGGCAGGUUACUGUCUGCUCUCAGCGAUGACGAUCUGUCUGCGGCUCCGUUCAGCAUCGAGAAUCAGUCUCACAGACAGAUCAUCCUGGAGGAACUGCACAAACUCAAAGAAACCUCAGUCUCACUGAACCUCUGGCAGUACAAGGAUCUGUAUUUAGGGAAGACUCUGUUCCUGUUGAUCAGUCUGAGGAACUUGCCUCGUCUGACGCUGCUCUACCUGUUCCUGUUCGAUUAUGAAGACACCUUUCUGCCCUUCAUUCACACCAGCUGCCCGGCGACACCAGACGCUCCCACUGACACACCGCUGGAUUGGCCGGGCUGGAGUCAGUGGGCGGAGUUUCUGCUGAUGUACUUCCUGCUGCCCUAUCAGCUGCUGUCUGCCUUCGCCUGGCACUGGAUGAGCGUUCAUUACUGGACGGCAGGUUUCAUCAUCGCUCACGCCGCGUUACUGACAGUGCUGGACGUGUGUUUCUACUGGACGCUGUGGAAGAGAGGACAGAUGAGGACUCUCCCUAAGUUAGUUUGGCUUCAGAUGUUUGCAGUGUUGUUCAACACGUCUCUGUUUGUGCUGCCGUGGCCCCUGAUGCCUCUGUUCAUCAUUAACACUGAGAUCUACAUCCAGCUGUAUUUGAGCCCCUUCCUCACUGCAGUGCUGGUGAAACGAACACUCCUGCCUGCAAACACACAGCACAGGCCCUGACACACACUUUAUACAUCUGACACACACUUUCAUCAUGUUUGUUAGGUGACUCGCAUUGCAUUCAUGCUACACAUUUGAUCAGUUCAUGUAUUCUCUGGGAAUCGAACCCAUGACCUUGGCGUUGCGAGCGCUGUGAUCCACUGUUUGAGCCACAGCUGUGAUCCACUGUUUGAGCCACAAACACAGCUUGGUCAUGCUGGGACUUUACAUUCACAAUCACCUCUCUGCUGUUAUAUUAUAAUCAGUUUCAUAGUAUCGUCAGAUGUUUCAGUUUCAUGCUUUUAAGUGUGAAAAUAAGUAUUUUUAUAAAUUGAUUUCAUGACUGUAAUAAA